AUGUACCAAAACGCCUGCGGGGCUGCAGCCGCCAGUGCCGGGGGUUGUGUCGAGACAGACAGGGAUUGUCAUAGCUUAAUUUCCAAGGAACCCACUGUACCCGCUAUAGAGCAUGAUUAUAGUGGUUUUGAUAUUGUUAAAGCUACUCAGUAUGGUGCAUUUGCGAGAGUCAAAGAGCUCGUCGAAGCUGGAUAUAACGUAAAUGAAAGAGAUAGCGAGACAGUAACUUUAUUGCAUUGGGCAGCUAUCAACAAUCGUAAGGAAAUCAUGCAAUUUUUCAUCGAGAAGGGUGCCGAAGUAGAUGCAGUUGGUGGUGAAUUGAAUGCGACUCCAUUACACUGGGCGACGAGACAGGGUCAUUUGGACGCUGCCGUAAUUUUAAUGAAUGCCGGAGCAGAUCCCAGUUUGAGAGAUGCUGAAGGUUGUUCAUGUAUACAUCUGGCAGCUCAGUUUGGCCACACAGCUUUAGUUGCAUAUUUUGUGGCUAGAGGUGUUAGUCCGGAUCUCGUGGAUCGUGCCGGGAUGACGCCUUUGAUGUGGGCUGUAUGGAAGAUUUGCAGCUUGGAUCCGACGAGAUUGUUGCUGACGUUGGGAGCAUCGACAAAUUUGACAGACCAGCAAGGCAAUACUGCUCUUCACUGGGCUAUUUUAGCUAGGAAUACCACAGCCAUAUCAUCCUUAAUUUUACAGGGUCAUGCUAGCCUCAACAUUCCCAAUAAUAGAGGUGAGACCCCGCUUUCUAUGUUACAGUCACAGAUAGGAUCGAUAUGGGUUAGUCCGAAAGUUGCUGAUAUAAUAAAGGAACACACCAAUGCUUUUAGUUCAAGAAACUUCCUGUACAAAAUAACCAAAGACAAGAGGAUGAGAUGGUGGUGCAUGGUAGGGACUCCCUUCAUGGCCUUCUACAUAGCCGGUGCCAUCUUGAGCACCAACCUAAUAAUUCUAAUAAAAAUAUUUCUUUUAGUGUGCUUGUACAUAGUGAUACAUUACGUGGGGCAAGUCUUGUAUGACGACAGGCUCAUGGCACUACUACCCCUCAGCAUAUACCUCUCUACGAAGAUGUGGUUCUAUUUCACCUGGAUCAUAUACUUUUUGCCUUUCACGAGUAUGUUGACAACCAUUGUUUUCCUCGCCAGUUCGGGGCUACUCUGGUACUGUUUCUUGAAAUCGUGGCUGGGAGACGCGGGGGUAGUUAGCACCUCGCAACAACUGCAAUUCAGGACUAUAAUAGAACUCGCCGAACGAGGACCUGGGGGUUUCGAACCUUCCACGUUUUGUUCUGCGUGUUUGGUGCGCAGACCGUUACGUUCAAAGCACUGUGCUGUGUGCAACCAUUGCGUUGCAAGGUUUGAUCACCACUGCCCAUGGGUGGCAAACUGCAUAGGGGCGAAGAAUCACAAGCAUUUCAUAGGAUUCCUCGCUUGUUUAGUGAUAAUGUGUGCCCAAAUGCUUUAUGGUUCUGUAAAAUAUUGGCAGAACGAGCCUUCAUGUAACAUAACGUCAACAUCGGACGGGUUUUGGAAGAGCAUAGUAGCUAUUGGGCAAUGCGAUACGUGGGUCGCCUGGGUGGCGGCCAACGCACUUUUUCAUUGCAUCUGGGUGUUUAUGUUGUUUGUUUGCCAGAUGUACCAAAUAACCUGUCUAGGGAUGACAACGAACGAGCGGAUGAACCGCGGCCGCUACAACCACUUCAUAGCGAACGGAGGUAAGAGCCCCUUCAGCAAGGGUCCCCUGCUGAACAUCGUUGAAUUCUUCGAAUGUUCAUGUCUCGGCUUCUUCAAACCGGAGGCCAAGGAUUGGCUGACGAGUUUCGAUUUGGAUAAAAAUGUUGAGCAUCAACCCCUGCUCAGGCACAAGGAGAACUUUCAAUAUGUAUGAGGUGGCAGGAUUCAGCCCCAUUCCAAAGACACGACUGAGUUUAGAGAAGUAACUGCACUUGUGAUUAUUCUAAAUUAUUUUUAGCUCUCUAAGGCACCGAAUACGACAUUCCUGAGGGGUCGAUGUUAGAUGUCAUUUUGAAUGAUCGAAUGGUGUAGAAAGUUGGUUAAUGUGAUUCGUGAUGUUGAUUUUAGGUUUUUUAGAACCUAAUUUAAAUUUGAAUUUAUUUUAAAAAUUCAAAAAUUUUUCAUAAUUGCAAAGUUCGGUUCGCAUCUUUUUAUUUAUAAGAGUUUUCAAACAAGUUUCUGCGAUUGCUAACUUCUUAUUAUUGACAGAUAUCUGUCACUUCUAACUUCGACUUGCUCCAGUUUUACCUAUCAGCAUUUUUUUGCAAUAAACGAUAAUUUGCUUUACUAAAAAGCAAAGGAAAGAAAAUCACUGCACAAUAUAAUAUCCUCCGAAUACUGAUACAAGUUGGUGAUAACGAAAGAUAUAUUUAUGUUUCUGGGGAUAAUUCCGUUAUCUCGUCAAGUUCAAGAACAACUGCCUUUUUUGAGACUUAUUUACAUUAACCGAAAUAAUUUGUUUGAACAAUAAAAAUAUUGGGACGUUUGAGGGAUUGUUUUCAUCUAUAUUUUUUCCAUAUGAUUUAAAUCUGGACUUUGAAACAGCCAUGGCAUAUAACUUUAAAACUAUUUCUAGCUUUAGCACCGUUUGGCCGACAAAAUCGCUCAAGUAUUAUGUUUACAUACAUCACAAUAUUGAUUUGAGUACACAAAAGUAGCCGUAGAAAAAAAUUAUCAUGUUUUGAUAAAAGAAAAACGCCUUAAAACUAAAUGUAUCGCAACAUUGAUGUAUUAAUUAUUAAGAGUAACAAUAAAGAUUCUAUGAGCAAUGUUGGUGUGUAAGAUUAAAUUUUAUGUAUGUGGAGUAAUAUAUGAACGCUCGAAUAUGCACGUUUAACUUUACAAUUUAUUUCCUAUGGAAAUAUUUCUUUUGUUGCUUCAUGAAAAUAUUUGGAAUUGAAAGAGAGAAAACUGGUUUAUAAAAUGAAUAAAUGGAUUAUGGAGUAGGUGUAGAAUAUCUUUUUUUUUCAUCUCUUACGCUGGGCGCCAUUUCUCACGUUGCAUCAGUGGAAUCUUGAUUAUCUUUAGACCGACUUUAUAAGUCAAAUUAGACUAAAGUUCGAGAGAAAACAUCGAAUCACAUGACUAAAAAAAUUAACAUAAUUUUAGUUAUAGUUUUUUUGAAAAAUUGAAUUUUUUUUCUCUGUAUAUUUUUUUAAUUGAA